CGUGAGGGAGGUGCGACCAAUCAGAGGGGUUUUAGACUGCUAAGACUAUCGGCUGAUGUCUCACAUGACCCAGCCCAAUGUUUUAUUAAAGACCUGAGCCUACUCAGAGCCGCUCAUUGCAACAUUGUAGCAAGCGUGCGCUGCGUCUCAUUUACUAUCACAGUGACAUUUCUCAGGGAUUCCAUCUCAAGAACACAGGAUAAGCCGAAUAAACAGACAGGACUGAACAAGUUCCCUGCGGUGAUCCAGUGCCCUUGCUGUGUGGAAAGUGCAAUGAAUAGAUUUGUUUUGGCACUGUGGAUGUGUUUAGGGAUUGUAGUUGCCCCUGGAUGGGGUUCCUUGCUUGCUGAAGAGGGACUUCUCAAAGGUGAGACUUUGAUUCUACCUCACUGGGGAGGUGGGGGGUCCUUUUAAUCAGCGCUUAAUAAUCAGUGCUGCCACUGGAAUGAAUGGAAGAAUGAAUGGGAGAUUAAAUUCGGUACACGUGGAGAGAAAGUGAUCUUUCUCUUCCUUAAUGGUCCUUGUUGAUUUAAGGUUUUUUUGUGAUGUGCACAUCUUAAUCAGUGUUGUAUUCAGAACUCUUGCAGCCGAAACUGUUUAACCCUUGACGUUCUGAUACAUUUAUAAAUAUCACUUUUUAUCCUGCUCUAUUUUUUGUGUAUAAUGAAUACUGACGUGUGUGUGUGUGUGUGUGGUGUUUAACAGGCAUCCAUCCACAUCACUUUGUCUUUUACUGUUUUACAUAUAAAUAUCUCGCUUGUCUAAUCAUUUUUACUCCUGAACAAAUGUUUUAUGACUGAUAAUUUAUGGCGUAAAUAAUUACCUGUUAAACUACUUCCUUUGCCAGUCUCCCUGAAAGAUCUUUAGUUCAAUAUUCAUUUUUUCCCCCUGUAUUCCAACUACCAGCCCAAUAAUUACAUUAAACUUUGACUAUUCUAUCCGUGAUCAUCUACACCACCCAUUGAUUAAACAUCACAGCCUGGCAAGUGUUCCACCCACGUUAUAAUAGGCUUUCCCCAGUGUCAUUUGUAUGUUGGAAGCUUCUCAGUGAAUUAUAGCUGUAUAAUGAGACAUCUGUCUCUCUAGUUCACAAUGGAGUAUCCCCAACUGCCCCCUGCAGUCUCUGACUGGGCACCUGUAAUGUGCGCUUCUAAUCUGCAUUGUGCAAAAUGCUGGGCGAUGGGGUAAUUUAAGGGCAACUCUGGGGGGAAAAGGGAUUCAUUUUAUAUCCUAGUGUUUUUAGGGGAACUGGAUGUAGUGUGAGCUAUUGGUGACUACAGAAAACGUUUUUAUUUUUCUGUUCAUAGUGCAUAUUGUACAAGACCUCAUAGGAUCGAUUUUUAUUUUAUUUUAUUUUAUUUUUAUUUUUAUUUUUUUUUAAUGGUACUUGCUUGGUCAGUUUAUGAAUAAUAGUUUUACACCAAAUAUUUAGAAUGCGUUUAAAUACAUUUAUGCUUUUCAAGUGAAUGGAAAUUACUUUCCUCUGCUUGUUUACGCAUUCAUAUCACCACUCUCAGAAUUUUUUUUUUUUUUUUUUUUUACGGAAUUAGUAAUUUAGCAGUUUUUUUAGUGUCUGCAUUAGAAAAUAAUUUAUUUUAUUUUUAUUUCCAUCAGUGGGCAUUGGGUUGACUCAUAGCUAUCUGCUAAUUUAUUUUCUGGUGUGAAUAUCAUCAUGCAGUUUUAUGGCCCCUGUAGUCGAAUGUUUGACUAACCAGUAUUCUCAUGGUUGGUGUACACCAGUCUAAGCAUUUGCCUGGCACAAGGACUGUAGACAGGUCUUGUAAAAUCUAGUAUUGUAUCAAUUAAGAAGAAAAAAUGCUGCGGAACUGGUUGAGCUAGUGGCAGUAUCACACGUUGGGUUCUGAAGUUUCCGUCUUUGCCCUUAAAUGGGAAAGUGUGGGUAUAACCAGAGAACAGGGUAGAGCAUUUAUGAAUUAAGUUUUCAGCUAAAAUCUUGGUUUUACAGCUGUUAUACUAUGUAUCUCACUCUAACAUCCUUGAUCUUCUUAACCGCAUUUUUUAAUUGUUGUUCACUAAGGUGUGAAUUGCCAGAAAUUAAAAAAACAAACCAAAAAAACCUAAACCCACAACUGAGUAGGAGAUUCGGUUCCUGACUGUUUUGUAUUUUAGUGAAUUACUCCACUUUCAGGUGUAGGAAGUAAAAGCUGUAAUUUCAGUAGUUUGCGGAAGAGAAUACCUGUUUUGAAUUGUUCCAUGUGAGUAACCCUGAAUGGAUCUCUUUAUUUUUAGAGGACACGAUUGCAAAUUUGUUGAAGGAGGAGAACGAUGUUAUACAGACAAAAAAAAUUAAUGUUCGUUUCAAUGUCAACUUCACGUCUAACCCUGAUGAAGGUUGUUAUCUCCACCCUGGCCAGGACAACUGUCUUCAAAACUGCAAUUACAACACAACUGGGAAAACCUUCAUUGUCAUUCACGGGUGGACUGUAAGUAUCGUAGGCGAUAUUUGAUGAAUUUCUCACAUUAUGUGGCUUUUUCCCGUCUGGGUUACCAGGUGUUUUGCAGAUUUUUGGUUGUGGUCGGUUAUAGAGGAGCUUUGUUGUGCAAUGUAUGCUGAGCAUCUUGACAUUUCUUCCAAAAUAUAACAUGUGUUCCUUUCAUCUUGACUCACACAUGAGUAAAUGGAGAGGAAGGUAAAGCUGAGCUGAAUGUUGAUAUUUUUGCACUGGUACAGGAGCAGAUGGUUAGGCCUAUGGCAACAAAGACCGUCCUGGUUCACAACUUUGUAUUAAUUUUUGGACAGACUUUGUCUAAAUCUGUAUUCAUCUUGUUAUAUGCCAGUGAUGGAUAGCCUUUUGUCAAUUAUAGGUCCAUGUUUGGAGAUCACGUGUAUAGGCAAUGCCUAUUUAUCCAAUUCUUAUAUUGUGGUAAUAAAGUGGGUGAGGAAGUUAAGAUGCAACCAUAGAGGCAUCUUUUUAAUAUUUGAAAACCUGUUUGUUCAUUACUGUUUUGACCUGGUGUAUACCCUUUUUGCCUCUGUAGAUGAGUGGAAUGUUUGAGAAUUGGUUACACAAGCUGGUGUACGCUCUUCAAGAGCGAGAGCAGGAUGCCAACAUCAUUGUAGUUGACUGGAUCUUUCUCGCACAUCAACUGUACCCUGAUGCAGUGAACAACACGAAGUUGGUUGGCAAGGACAUAGCUAUACUACUAGACUGGCUGCAGGUAAUGUUUCGGACAAUACUUUAUUCUAAGCUUUCUGUUUGUCUCUUCUUAUCUUAACGUGUUUUGCCAUGUACUCUAUAGAGAUUUCUGCCCCAGCUAAGGCCAAGUUGCCUUUGUCUUUAGUAAUAAAACAUGCAUGACAAAAUAGAAAUCAUGUAGCAAUGUUUUUAGGCAAAUUUUGCAAUCCUUCUUGGAGAUUUAGAUUUUUUUUUUUUUAACAGUACUGCUGUAAAUGGUAAAAUAAUGUAGCUUCAGUUUUCAAACAAAAUCCUGUAUUCGAACCGUAUUGCUUCCAAAACUCUACUGAAUCAUAUAUUCUUCAAUUUAUCUUUUUCUUCUCUGCAGGAGAAGGCAAAUCUCUCCCUUGACAAUGUUCAUCUUAUUGGCUACAGUCUUGGGGCUCAUGUCGCUGGGUAUGCUGGAAAUUACGUCAAUGGUACAAUUGGACGGAUUACAGGUCAGCUUUGAAUAUUUUAAUACCACCGCUUUACGCAAGGCCUUAUUUGUUGAAUGGACUUUGCAUUAUGUAUGCUAUCCAUAGUGAUUUUUAAGAUUUUUUUUUUUUUUUUUUUUUAAGACUUGACAGACCGAUCAGUGUGACUUUCUCACUUCCUGCUCUGCCCUUUGGCAAUCAGUAGUUAACUGAAAUAAUUUUUAAAAGUGCUUUUAGCAGUUGCAUAGUUGUAUAUCUAGUUUUCUGUGAAACCUAGUACAUAGGUGUGUCUACAUUUUCAUAUUGGUUAUGAUUUAACAAAUAUUAAUCUAGAGUUGAGGUGUCAACUCGGAAGACUUAUUCCUCCCCGAAUUUGGCUUUAGUUGGACAUUUCUGCUAAAUCUGUUUGGUGUCAAGCAUUCCUUCUGGUAGACACCAGUAACUGUGAAAGAACCGUUAGAAAAAGUGCAUAAUUACAAAACAGAUGGUAAUGUGUGACACACAAUUAUCUUGCAAUAUAAUUAUUUCUUGCUGUAUUUAGGCCUGGAUCCAGCAGGACCCAUGUUUGAAGGAGUAGAAGCUCACAAACGUCUCUCACCCGAUGAUGCACAUUUCGUAGAUGUUCUCCAUACCUAUACUAGAGAGGCGCUAGGGGUCAGCAUUGGGAUCCAGAUGCCAAUUGGACACAUUGAUGUAUAUCCUAAUGGUGGGGACUUUCAACCUGGCUGUGGCUUAAGUGAUGUUAUUGGAGCCAUUGCCUAUGGAAGUAAGUUGCUGAACGUUGACUGUUAAUAUUCCCGGAUGUAUUAACUACUAUUAACCAUUCCCUAUUUUUAUAUUCAUACCCUUUAAGACCUCCUAAUUCUUAAACUUUUUUUCAUGCAAUAUUUUGUUAGCCAUUUGUUAAAACAAAACAAAAAAAACCACAAAAAUAAAAAUCGAUCCAUUGGCAAUAUGUAGACGCCUUGCCAGUGGAACAUGGUUUCUCAUAUUCUCCACUCUAUGGUCUGAUGCAUGGUGGGAUGGUGGCAACAUUCUGUAUAAUGAUGUAGAGAAUGGUCCCUAAUCUGACUUGUGUUCUGUUUUAUUCCAGGUAUUGGAGAUGCCGUGAAGUGUGAGCAUGAAAGGUCUGUGCACCUGUUUGUGGACUCCUUGAUUAACAAGGACAAAGAGAGCUUUGCCUUUCAAUGCACCGAUUCUACACGUUUCAAGAAGGGCAUCUGUCUGAGCUGUCGAAAAAACAGAUGUAACGCAAUAGGUUACAACGCAAAGAAGACACGAAGCAAAAAGAAUAGCAAGAUGUACCUGAAAACCAGAGCACAAAUGCCAUACAAAGGUUAGCUUUGGAGUGAUUUGGUGAUUAACAAAAAAUAAAAAAAUUAUGUAUUAUAAAACCAAUAAUUCAUAAACAUUUGUGGAUUAAUAUAUUAAUUUUUUUUAGUUUUCCACUAUCAGCUAAAAAUGCAUGUUUUCAAGUACAAAGAGUAUGAGGAAAAUGAGCCUACGUUUUCGGUUACUCUUUAUGGAACAUUCAAUGAUUCAGAGGCACUUCCUUUAGCAGUGUGAGUAUUGAAUGUUAACAAAGCUUUCUCUAUGCAAUGGAUUGUUAAACUUUCAUGUGCGUCUCUUAACAUGCAAGCAACUUAUGUGUAACUGUAUUGGUCUAAAAUAUUUGGCGAGCCAUUUAAUACCAGUGUCUCGGUUACCAAAGACUAUUGCACUUCUUUUUUGGGGUGUAAACUAAUCUCCCAUAAGUAUUUAACAAACCAUUCUGGCCAAGUAAAAUGGUCAAUCCCUCAAAAUAUUUUUUUUUUUUAUUUUUUUUUUUUUUUUUUUAAAAACCUGUACCAAACAGAAUAUCUUCAUUUAAUUUAAAUGUAUCUAAUUACCACUUUAAAAUAUUCCAAUUGGUGUGGAGGUGGUCAUCUUGUAGUUGCAUCACGAUUAUAAAACCUAUUAAAUCUCAUGUUUCCCCUAGUGGAGAGACUAAUUUUAUAAAAGCUGCCGGGAGAGCAGUCAAUUGAAACAUUGAAUCAGUUUGCUCUCGGAUUUCUUCUGUAAAGAAAAACCAAAGUACUUGUUGGAAACUCAUCGUAUAUCCAUGACCGAACCAAAAAAAAAUUAAAAAGGCACAGAGCCUAUGAUACUGGGGAAACAAAUCUUACUGAAUUUCUAGAACAAAACCAAAUUUACUAAACUAAGCUUAAAAUACAAGAUGCAUGAAUUUUAUUCAAAGCCUUUUAAAGUAUGAUGGUUCAAAAAAUAUAUUUUGGUAGAUACUUAACAACUGAGAGUUCGGUUUUAUUUGAGAAAGCUUCAACUGUCCCAUCAAAGGUUUUAAACUGUAUUCUAUUUUUUUUUUUUUUCUUGUUUUACACAGACCUGAACAGAUUGGAUACAAUUUUACAAACACAUUCCUGGUUUACACAGAGAAUGAUAUUGGUGAUCUAAUGAAAAUAAGAUUGAAAUGGGAGGGUACCAAGCAGACAUGGUAUUCCGUUUGGAGUUCAUUACAAUCUUACUGGUCCAAGAAGCAGUUGAGUGAAAAGGAAUUACAUGUUAGGCGUAUAAGAGUAAAGUCUGGAGAGACCCAGCAGAAGUAAGUUUUAAGAAAAUCUUCAGCGUGUGUGUGUGUGUGUGUGUGUGUGUUGCAUUGUUCCAAACACAAUACAAUUCUGACCUCCCCUCCAAACCAGGUAAAACGACUCCAUUCGAAGUCCAUCCAUUCUGUUUGGUUGUCUUUACUGUGCGAAGUUGUGAUUUAUCUAAAAUGGAAGUACAGGCAGAUGCCUACAUUUAAUUUGGAAGGAAUACAUUUUAUAUGGAUUUUCUUUUCUCUUCCUAAAAUUCAUCAUACCUACUUAGCAUUUUAUAAAUAACCCCCAUGGACUUUUACACUAGUAGAUUUGCUUUCUGUAUAUUUUAGAUAAUUUUUCAUUAGUGUUGAACUAGAAGUUUUUGGAUUUAGGAACCUGGGAAUGUUCUGUUGUCUGGCUGUGACUACGGGAUAUGGCUUCAGUAGAUUAUAAUGUAGCCUAAAACUUUUUUUUUUUUUUUCUACUAAGUUACAUUUUCACCUUGGAAAGACUAAAUAUUUCAGAUAUUUAAUUUUUUCCUUAAUCUUUCUAUUCUUCUGAAGGUUUACAUUCUGUCUGGAAGACCUUAGUGCGAAUCUUAUAACACCUGGUAAUGAACUCAUUUUUGUCAAGUGCCGAGAUGGCUGGGAAGUGAAACCACGCAAGCGGUAAGAUAGUCACACAAUUCUUAUUCAAAAUAAGUGUAAUGGGAUGCUGUCCUUUCCCCGCCCCCUCACCCCCCAGUUGAAUAACAGGGCCAAUUAAACUUCCCAAAAUAUCAGACUUCUAUAUUCCUCAAAAGUUUAUCAAUGCUCCCCUUAAAAGGUUACAGUACAGCUUUCACACCGCUUUGGCACUAUGCUUAAUUGCUAUACAAUAAGACAAUGGCAAUAGGAAGAUGUUGAUAAAUGUAUGCCCCUUUCCUAAUUUGAUAUAAAUGGAGUAAUUUCUAAAAUCUCACUUGAAACUGGUCUGCUUAACAAGUAAAUAAAAUAUUGUCUGACGCUGGGCAGAGAUGAGGCAAUACAGGCAAAAUGUUUAGAUCUGGAUCUAUAGGCCCAAGCCAAUCUGGAAUUCUAGUCUUGUCUCAUGUAGUGCAGAUACUCUGAUCUGUGAUCAAAUUAGGGCAAUUUAUCAAUGACUUGCAUCCCAAUGGAACUUCUUAUGUGACUCUUGUAUAUGAAGACAUUAAUUUGUUUAGAAAAAAAAGCAAAAAACCCAGUAAAAAAAAUUUUUAUGCUUAUUAAUAAGCUUUCCGUUAAAGAAACCAUGCUUAAUAAUUCUUAUUUUUACAGUGUCAGCCUUGAAGCUACAAUCUGAAUUCUAUGAAAACUGGAGGAAUAUUAAGACCAAACACCUGUGAACUGACUUUUGUAUUUUUAUUUUUUUUUAUUUGACGUUCUGCCUCAAGCACUGGAGUCUGAGCUGCUUAGUAUUCAUUUAUUUCCCCCCCAUAUCCUAUCUCUAUUUGUAAUCCAUAAUCUAUUGAAUUACCUGUGUUGUGGCAGCUCCAGCAACAAAUGGGGAAAUAAGAUUCCGAAGUCACUCUGUAUCUUGGCCAGAAAGGUGGUAACGCAUUGACUUGUUUACAUAUUGCUAUUUUCUAGUUGUAGAUAAACUGUAUAGCCUUUUUUAACCUUUUGAGUAAAAUGCGUUGCCUGGCUUUCUGACGUUAAAGAUUUAAUACUUGACCAGUCACCUUGAAAAGGCAGCUCGAGUCAUUUUUUUUUCUUUGUUGAAUGAAUGAUGUAAGGAAGUGAGUGUUAUUUAUUGUUACAUUAAGACGUUCCAAACUCUGAGCAUUUAGAAUUGUUAAAUAACAUCUUUAACUUCUGAAUGGACAAAGUUCUUUUCAUUGCCCCUUCUGUUCUGGCCAAAUGCCUUCCUAUAACUGGCAUGGUUGGCAAUACCCAAUUUUUAGCAAUCCUCUAAAAGGGGCAAAUGUUUAAUUUAUUUACACUUUGUGUUUUUAUUUAUUGGUCUUCAUGACCAGGGUUAUUGUCAGUAUUCAGCUUAAGGCCAAAAGUUAUUAAGAAUUCUAAUUUCAGUAAACAGAAGAGCAGACGGGCUAAAACAAAAUGAAGGAAAAGGCACCGUACAAUAUCAGGACUGCUGACUGCAGAUUUGACCUUUUGUAAGGGGAGUUGAAGGACAUUUUUAAGCCCUGAUACAUUAAAUAGACGGAUUUUGAGAAAAUAGGAAAGAUCUGUAGUGAGGCCAUAAAACUGACACUUUGCAGCCUCUAAACCUUUUAUUGAUCCACAAAAUGUGAAGAUUAGAAAGGGGCUAGUUUUCUGAAGAUUUUCCUAUGUACUAAAACCCUGUUUUCAUUUAGUAAUGUAUCACGAACGUUCUUAUUAGAGAUAAUGUGGACAGGAAGUGCUUAAUUAUAACUUGGCCACAAAUCGGGUCAAUCAUUCAAUAACUAGGCCUCCCCUUUCCUAGUAGACAAAGUUUGCCAUUGAAAGUUGUGGGUAUGCCUGUCACUAAGCAGGGGUAUUCACCAAACUAGUCAUCUGGGUUAUUGGGAGGACUUGUGUUUUUUGGUUUUUACACAUCAGAAAAAUGUUACAGAUUGGAACUUUGAUCUGAAGGCCAUCCAACCAAUCAGAUGAUUGCUAUUGUAUCACUAUGCAAAUUGUUAUGAUGUACUUCCUAGAAAGAAAUGAGCAAAGCUCUGUUGGAUGAGGGAAGUAUAGACCACUUUGUAACGCAUGACAAUGCGACAUGCAGUACAGUUCUGUGACACAUUAGGUUAGUGAAAUGGUGGCAGACAUAGUAAGAGACUCUGCCAUACGCAGGUAUAAUAGAUUACAUUCUGUAAAAUAUCUCCCUUGUCAAAGGGGCAGUAAUUAUAAAGCAUAAUAUCUGAAACUAAUGUAAUGCCGAAUGUUGUUGAAUAGCUGGAAGUCACAUGUGCUACCGAUCGGUGUCAAAGGACAAAAUGGAGCCUUCAGUGGUUUGUCUUUGAGUGUGAGGAAGUUCAGGGCUGCAAAAAAAUCAGUCUUUUUAUGAGAAGGGAUAAUGGAUUAUAUUAAUACAUCUCCCUUUUCUGAAUGUUCUGUUUGUGUUUUUUUUGUGUUUUUUCAUUUUGUUUGUUUUUAUUUAUCUGGUACUGUAGGUACAUUAUGUGCUCAUUAAAUUGUGCCCAUGGUCCACACCCGCUGUUACCUUGACCCUCUGUUAUCCCUUGAAAUAUCUGAGGUUUUUUUUGUCAUGUUAUCUUGCUAUGUUGAGGUUAAUUAUUCUAGUCGUUUAUUCAGACUAUUGAAAAAAUGUUAUAAUCCGUCUGCAUUUUUUGGAAAACAUAGUUUUGAAUCUUACCAUGUAAUAUAUAUAAAUAUAUGGAUAUGAAUGGCUUUAUAUGUAUAUAAAGAGUUAUUUUGUAUGCUGUGGGUUAUUUAUUCUGUAAAUAAGUGCCAUGUCGUAUUUUGCAAUUUAACACCGCUUUUUGAAAUAACUUAAUAAAAAUCUUUACUUA